CGUUUAAUUACCAGCGCCCAUUUUUCUCUUUCUGCUGUUCAGUGUCAUCAUGUCUUACCUAGAAGAGCAUGGAGGACAUCAGGAGGAAGAUGAUGAGGAGCAGGGCGAGGGAGAAGAACGCCCCAAAUACAAGCCAUUGGUGACGCAGCUCGGUGCACCAAAAAUCCCAGAGGGGGAGAGAGUUGACUUUGAUGAUAUCCACAGGAAAAGGAUGGAAAAAGAUCUUCUGGAACUACAGACACUGAUUGAGGUCCACUUUGAGCAGAGGAAGAAAGAAGAAGAGGAGCUGAUCGGACUCAAAGCAAGAAUUGAGAGCCGGAGGGCAGAAAGAGCUGAGCAGCAGCGUGUGAGGGCUGAAAAGGAGCGGGAUAGACAGACACGGAUUGCGGAGGAGAGGCAGAGGAAAGAGGAUGAAGAGGCAAAGAAGAGGGCGGAUGAUGAGGCGAAAAAGAAGAAAGUUCUCUCCAACAUGGGUGCUCAUUUUGGAGGGUUCCUUGCAAAGGUAGAGCAGAAACGGGGCAAAAGACAAACUGCAAGGGAAAUCAAAAAGAAGACUCUGGCAGAAAGACGAAAGCCACUAGUGAUUGAGAACCUGAAAGAGGAUGGCCUGAGAGAGCGAGCCAAGGAGAUGUGGGAAUGGAUCUACCAUCUGGAGUCAGAAAAGUUUGACCUGACUGAGAAGAUGAAGAGGCAGAAAUAUGAGAUCAAUGUCCUCCUGAAUAGGAUCCAACAUGCUCAGAAAUUCAAAAAAGGACACGGCAAGGGGAAGGUUGGAGGACGCUGGAAGUGACCUCACACACACAGCAAGCAUAAACAAAC